CCACCCGGAAGCAUUUAGCUUGUGCACACUUGCGAACAUAAACAACGCGGUAACAAUGCUAGCAACGGGACAUUUUACCUUUUAAACAAAAUACACCUUUUAUAAGAUACUUUUGGAAGCAUGGCGACAACGUCCGACGCGGUGGAUUUGGAAGACAGCCGAGCCCGCCUCUGCGAAGAGUUUGCCGGCAUAUCGGGGACCGAUAGCGGCGUGGCUCAGUGCUACCUGGCUGACAAUGAGUGGAAUAUGGAGAGAGCUUUAAACUCAUUCUUUGAGGCUGACCUGGAGAAAGUGUUUGAGGCUGAGUGGUCUUCAGAUAAGGAGUCUGAGCCUGCAACCAAAAGACAGAAAGUUGAGGGAAAAACCCCAACAGAGAGCAUCGACUUAACAGCAGACAGUCCCGGCUCAUCAUGCAAGUCCUCCGACACCGACAACGCUGGGCUGUCACUCAUCUCCUGGAACGUGGACGGACUGGAUAUGGAGAACCUGGCGGAGCGCGCCAGGGGCUUGUGCUCCUAUUUAGCCCUAUACACACCUGAUGUGGUCUUCCUGCAGGAGCUCAUCCCGCCGUAUGUGCAGUAUCUGAAGAAACGGGCCGUUAGCUACCUUCUCCUUGAAGGCAAUGAAGAUGGCUACUUUGCUGGCAUGAUGCUAAAGAAGGCGCGGGUCAAACUGGUAGAGAGUGAGAUCGUGGCCUACCCCAGCACUCAGAUGAUGAGGAACCUCCUGGUGGCUCAGGUGAGCUUCAAAGGCAGUAAACUGUGCCUGAUGACGUCCCACCUGGAGAGCUGCAAGGGCCAAGGAGGCGAGCGAAUGAAACAACUGGGCGAGGUGAUGCGUAGGAUGAGGGAGGCGCCCGACGACAUCACAGUCCUUUUUGGUGGAGACACAAAUCUCAGGGACGCAGAGGUGGCCAAGGUGGGCCUGCCCGCCGGCGUGUGUGACGUGUGGGAGCGCCUGGGUAAGCAGGAGCACUGCCGCUACACGUGGGACACCAAGGCCAACAGCAACAAGAGUGUCCCGUACAUCAGCCGCUGCCGCUUUGACCGCAUUUACCUGCGCCCGGCCUCCCGGGAAGGGUUGCCCCGCUGGGCCCCCGACCACAUGGCCCUGGUGGGCAUGGAGAAGCUGGACUGUGGCCGCUUCACCAGCGACCACUGGGGGGUCUACUGUAGCUUUACGACAACACCUCCAACAUGAGCUCCAGUUUUUGCUUGUAUAAUUUGUAUAAAAAUUCAAAUUUCUCAUCAAUUGACCUAAAACGUCAAUUUUCAGUGAGACAUGAAGACCUUAAUAAGUUCAAGGGACUUGAAAUCAUCUUAUUCCAACUUUUCUUGACAUGAUGUCUAUUUUUGAAGUUGCUGUGUUACUUGCUGUGUUAAAUUUUAAUGAAUAUCAACUCAAAUAAAUGUGCUUUUUGUCUUUUCAGUCAAACCAUGUAUGGUCCAUGUGAUACAGCUUUUCAUUAUUUUGCAACCUGGAUGAAUAGCAUGACAUUCUACCAGCCCAAAUAAUCCCUCUCA